AUGGCCUCCCCGCGGUUGCCGUCUCCUAGCAACCGGCCACCCAUCUACCAGCAACCGGCCAUAUCCAUCUGUAUUCAUGGGCCGGACUUUUCACCAGCAGCUGAGUCCUAUCCCUCUUCGUCGCCAAUAUGGUUUGUGGAGUCAGAUGACCCCAACUUGACCUCAGUGUUAGAGCGUCUAGAGGACAUUAAGAAGAGCAAUACUCUGCUUCUCCAGCAGCUGAAGCGAUUGAUAUGCGACCUCUGCAGGCUCUACAACCUCCCUCAGCAUCCUGAUGUCGAAAUGCUCGACCAGCCGCUGCCGGCAGGCCAGGACAUCGACUUAGAUCAUUAUGACAUGAAGGAAGAAGAGCCCGUGGACGGGAAGAAGUCGGAGGAUGACGGCAUCGAGAAAGAGAAUCUGGCCAUCUUGGAAAAAAUCCGGAAGAAUCAGCGACAAGACCACCUAAACGGUGCCGUCUCGGGGUCCGUGCAGGCGUCGGAUCGACUUAUGAAAGAACUCCGGGACAUUUACCGGUCACAGAGCUACAAGACAGGGAUUUAUUCAGUGGAGUUGGUGAAUGACAGCUUGUACGAAUGGCAUGUAAAACUUCUCAAGGUGGAUCCCGACAGCCCGUUACAUAGCGACCUUCAAGUCUUAAAAGAGAAAGAAGGCGUAGAAUAUAUUUUACUCAACUUUGCUUUUAAGGAUAACUUUCCCUUUGACCCUCCGUUUGUGAGAGUGGUUUCUCCGGUGCUUACUGGCGGGUAUGUGCUCGGCGGAGGUGCAUUAUGCAUGGAGCUUCUCACUAAGCAGGGCUGGAGCAGUGCCUACUCCACGGAAUCGGUCAUCAUGCAGAUCAACGCUACACUGGUCAAAGGCAAAGCCAGGGUUCAGUUUGGAGCAAAUAAGAACCAAUAUAACCUAGCAAGAGCACAGCAGUCGUAUAAGUCUCUAGUACAGCUACACGAGAAAAAUGGCUGGUUCACACCUCCAAAAGAAGAUGGUUAAUUGGGUGGACUUUGUGUGUCCUGGACCAACGUCGGCGCGAAAAAAGACGUCCCUUCCGACACAGAUUCAAGCUACGAAUGCCCUUGUAACAGCCAUAACUGAAGAUUCUAGCUAAUAGAUAAUAGUUGGGUAAUCUGUUGACCGAUGCAUCCAGUAUAAGUUAACAGCCGUACAGUUCUGCUCCUGCUGCUGUGUACCUUGGACCGAACAGUUUGCUGUUAUCGCCCUUGUGGAUGACACCUUACUAAGGGGCCGAACUUCCCGCCUUUCUUCUUUUUCCCCAAGCAUAAGAUUCUUCAAAAACCAGGCUGUUGGCUUACUAAAACGUCAAUCAGUAGGAGACGUCCUAUCCCAUGAUUUUGUAUGCACUUUCUCCCCGCCCCCCCCCC